GAAAUUCAAUGGUAACUUCGGACAAGGAACUCUAUUAAUGAUGUCGGGAAUGGAUAUGACAGCAUUAAUUAAUAAUUCAAAUUGUGCUUCAUGCACUUUGGGUCCACCGCCGGAUAUGAUCCUUCGACUUCCGCCGCCACCGAUUCCCAGUUUUUUGCAACAAGGGUCUGAAUUUCUGACGGAUUCGGAAGCAAUCAUAUUCCGACCGCAUCACAAUGACAGUCCGUGCAAACAUUUCUGCAAUUGGCGUUCGGAAGGUGUUCAAUACGUUGAAAUGCCCCAGCAAGGUAAUAUAAUAUUUGUAUGCUCAUUUAUUGGUGUAAUUUUUAUUGGGAUAAUAUUGGCGACAUUGCUGCUAAAAUGCAAAUUUACUGCUACUGGUAAAAGUGGAGGGAUAUCAGUGCCAAGCUCAACAUCUGGAAUGCAGUCAAAAGCAGGAAGACUUCAAAAUGAAGCUGUUUUAUAUCCUUGUGCUACUGAGGCAUUGCAAGACAGUCGUGUCAUGUGGGCGACACUCACUCCAAGGGGCACUACUCGACACUAUUUGGAGGAGCAUACUUAUGAGACGAUUGGCAAUGCACCAUUCCAUAAGCGUACCUAUACCACAACUCCAAUUGAACAUGUAAAACUCAAGACGUAUGCCGAACCUCCAGUCCCUUCGCCAAUGCACCACAGGCCAAAAGAUGACAAGGCUUUUGAUAAUACGGCUUUUGUGGAUUACGAAGAACCUCUUUCUGUUAAAAGCGAAUAUUAUCAGUUAGACGAUGUUUUAGAACCAAAUGAGUCUGAAUUCUAUGCCAUGCAAAGAGGAACCCUUCGUCCACGAGUCAGUUCUCCCACCAGAAUUGAGCAUCCAAAUUUACCACCCCUCAAUCUUCAGCCUCAUAAGUAUGGCACUCACCGUAAAAAUUCCGGAAAUCAACAUACGUCCGACACUCUAUUAAGGAAUGGUUUAACAACUUCAGCAUACAUUCCUACCAUUUAAAUUAGAGAUUUUCAUGUUGAUUAUUAUUACCGGGAAUGAGAUAUCUUUUUUUUUAUAAUAAAUUUUGGAAUUUUUAAAAAUUUCAAAAAAUUGUAGUUAAAUAGAACGCGACUUUAUAUUCGAGAUUAAAUCUUCGUAUUAAAUGUCGCUUAAGAAGUUGAGUAUCUUUAUGCGCAGUUAUUUAAAAAAUAUCUCCUUUGUAAAUUGAUAUAUUGUUGUAUAAGAUAUAGAACUGCGAUGGUUAAUUAACUAAGAACUUUUUUAAUUUGCUCUAAUAUUUUAUUUUAUUAUUUCUUUUGUUUGGCUUUACAUCUAGUCACUUUUAAAAUACAGUAAAACUCUUCAAUAGCCCAUCAUUCUGUAGCCCUGUUAAGAAUUGAUGCCGUGCGGCAGGUAGGUGUAACAGGAACUGCGCUGGGUGCGCGAAAUCUGCGGUUGUCACUCAGGCGAGCAGUCAGGCGUGAACAAACAAAACCGGAGAGGGCUAUAAUGAUUUAGUUCCCGCCCACCGUCAGCCCUAAAAUCGGCACUAUAGAAGAGUUUCAAUGUAAUUAAUAUUAUUUUAAAAAAAACAAAUGAGACUUUCUGAAAGUAGUAAUAUAAUAAGCCACUUCAAUGUUAAUUUGAUAAGUUUUUGCAAACCUCUUUGUUUUAUUAACUUUGAUAUUGAGAAAUACAAAAGCAUUUGUAAGUUUUUGUGAUAUUUUGUUACUAAUAUAGUUUAAAUUCGUUAACACUUUUACAUUUUAAAAUAUAGUGUUUGAUAAUGUUGCUGUAUAAGACGAUAUCCUGCACAAUGUUUUUCGUUCAAUGUAAUUCAAUAAUGAAAAGAAUUUUAUUUAAAUGGACUAAAGUUGAAAGAAAAUAAAUAGGAUGCACCUUCUUGCAUUUUAUUUGACUAAACUAAAUGUAGGGCUAGGUAGGUUUAGUAUAAGAGAAUCGUAAUUAUUUGCAUCCGAUGGAUGAUGGAUAAAGAAUUAUUGAUUAUUCAUAUGUGUUUUUUACUGAUCAUCAAGUAUUUGCUUAACUAGUCUGCUAACUAAUAUCCUAUUUAUAAUCAUUAUGUAUAGAGCAUCAUGUCAUAUGUCCAUGUCCAUAUUCAUUAUCGAUCACAAAAUUUAAUAUAUUAUCUGUGAUCAUGUUGACGUAA